ACAUCGAUCCGUGCGUUUGGCGCACAGCAUAUGUUUGAGCGUCAGUUUGAAGUCCACCAAAACGACAACACCUCUACUUUUUUCCUAUUCGUUUGCACCGCUCGAGCGCUUGGAGUCUUAGUGGACACCAUUUGUAUGGUUUAUGUGAGCGCUGUUAUCACGUAUAUCAUGACCAGUAGUGACCCUAUUCUCGGAGGAAAUGCGGGACUUUUGCUAACAUCUGCCCUAUCGUUGACCGGAAUGGUUCAAAUAUGUGUCCGAUUAUCGGCCGAUACCGAGUCCUAUAUGACUGCUGUCGAGCGAGUGCUUGAAUACACUGCCAUUAAACCCGAGGCAGAGCUCGAGUCCACUCCCGACCCGAAACCACCCAAAAAUUGGCCACAAAUGGGAGAAAUAGUGUUCAAAGAUAUGAGUCUUCAAUACAACGAAUCGUCGCAUAAAGUGCUCAAAAAUAUCAACGUUUGCCUCAAAGGGGAAGAAAAGGUGGGAGUCGUGGGCCGGACGGGCGCCGGCAAGUCGUCACUCAUUGCAGCCCUCUUUCGACUCACAGAACCUUUAGGUCAGAUACUGAUAGACGGGUUGGACAUCAAGACUAUUGGUUUACAUGACUUGAGAAGUCGUAUAUCAAUCAUACCUCAGGAACCGGUGCUCUUCACGGGUUCGGUGCGCAAAAAUUUGGACCCUUUUGGUGAACACUCGGACGACGAGCUCUGGUCGGCUCUGUCUGAGGUACAGCUCCGGGAUGUCGUGCAGUCAAUGCCCGGACAACUGGACGGACAGGUGACGGAAGGCGGCAGUAAUCUGAGUGUAGGUCAGCGCCAAUUGGUAUGUCUGGCGAGAGCUAUACUACGAGACAAUCGGAUACUAGUGUUAGACGAGGCGACCGCUAAUGUCGACCACAGAACCGAUGCUCUCAUUCAGACCACUAUUAGACAGAGGUUUAGAUACUGUACUGUCAUUACGAUUGCCCACAGACUCAACACUAUCAUCGACUCCGACAAAGUGAUGGUGUUAGACGCGGGACAAGUGGUUGAGUACGACAUUCCCCACAUUUUCGGCGGAUAUAUUAAUCAAAUCUAUUGCUGUUCACUGCCUAAGGGUCGGGAACCGGUGGCCAAUGAGCCGAGACAUGUGUUGCUGAGACUGUACGGCAUCGGGACUACAAUCCCGGGCGACGACUAUAAGGUUACCGAUAGUCUCAUAACAAUGCUAUUGUCUGAACGGGGUUUGGGUCCCAAACUGUACGGUGUAUUUCCCGGCGGCCGACUCGAGGAGUUUAUACCCUCCCGGGCACUGGUGCCACAAGAGCUUGAGAACCGGGACUAUAUGAACGUAAUAGCCAAAAACAUUGCCCAAAUCCACGCAUUGGAUGUGCCCAUCAACAAAAGGCCGGACUAUUUUUUCACAUCGAUGGAAAAAUGGCUGCAAUCAAUAGCCACACCUGUGGGCGCCGACUCACCCGCUGAACAGUACCCAAAUCCCGAGUCGGAGCGGGAAGUCGUCGGCUAUGAUUAUCGCCGUGAACUACAAUGGCUGAGACGAGUAUUACCCGAGUGCGGGUCACCCGUAGUGUUUGCACACAACGACUUAUCGCCGGGAAAUGUCCUGAUAUGUGAUGACCCGCUAGCCUAUGGCGGCGAUCUGAUCAUUGACUUUGAGUUCGCCGCCUAUAACUACCGGGGCUUUGAUUUUGGCACACUUUUCAUUGAAAACCAAUACGACUAUACGGUCGCCGAUUACCCUUACGUUAGAAUAAACAUUGAUAAAUACCCCACCGAUGAGGAGAAGCGACACUUUUUCUGCCAUUAUAUCAAACAUUCACCCGAUUUGAGCGCCGGGAAGGAGACGGAGGACCGGCUGAUCCGUGAGGCAGACUAUUACUCUGUUGGGGCGCAUCUGUUUUGGGCCAUUUGGUCCGUUAAUCGGAUCCGAGAAUCGAGAUUAAAUAUGCAAUUUUGUAAUUGGGUUAGUGGUUAA